UCGUCGCUUUAUUUAAAUUGCAGCAGUCCCCGACCAAACUUUCCAAAGUUUCGCAUAUCAAUUGCUUCUCUCUCUCUCUCUCUCUCUCUCUCUCGUUUUUGCAUCGAUCCAGGCGAGAUGGCGGACGCGAAGGUGAAGGCGCAGACCGGAGUCUGGAGCACCGUGAAGCCCUUCGUCAAUGGAGGCGCCUCCGGGAUGCUUGCCACCUGCGUUAUCCAACCCAUCGAUAUGGUCAAGGUCAGGAUCCAAUUGGGUCAGGGAUCAGCAGUACAAAUCACAAAGAAUAUGCUUGCGAACGAGGGUUUCGGUUCAUUUUAUAAGGGUUUAUCUGCGGGUUUGCUGAGGCAAGCUACUUAUACAACUGCACGACUUGGUUCUUUUAGGGUAUUAACCAAUAAAGCUAUUGAGGCUAAUGAUGGGAAACCCCUCCCUUUACUUCAGAAAGCUGGUAUCGGUCUCACAGCUGGAGCAAUUGGAGCAUGUUUUGGCAGCCCAGCUGAUUUGGCACUCAUUCGGAUGCAGGCUGAUGCAACUUUGCCUGCAGCACAGCGACGAAACUACAAAAAUGCUUUUCAUGCACUUUAUCGUAUUAUUGCUGAUGAAGGGGUUUUGUCCCUGUGGAAAGGUGCUGGACCCACAGUGGUGAGAGCAAUGGCAUUGAACAUGGGUAUGCUUGCAUCAUAUGAUCAGAGUGUUGAGCUUUUUCGGGACUCACUUGGUUUUGGUGAAAUUAGCACUGUAGUCGGGGCAAGUGCUGUUUCAGGCUUCUUUGCGUCCGCUUGCAGUUUGCCAUUUGAUUAUGUCAAGACACAAAUACAGAAGAUGCAGCCAGAUGCAAAUGGGAAGUAUCCUUACACCGGAUCCUUGGAUUGCACCAUGAAGACUUUGAAGAGUGGAGGCCCAUUCAAGUUUUACACUGGGUUCCCUGUCUACUGUGUCAGGAUUGCUCCUCAUGUCAUGAUGACUUGGAUAUUUUUGAAUCAAAUCCAGAAGUUUGAAAAGUCCGUGGGAUUAUAAAGUCUGAAACUUCUAAAAAUCAACACAGAUUUAUUCGAUUCUGCUCAUUGCUAUUUGGUACCUUUUUAGUAGCACUUAGUUCUCUAUGAUCACAACAUAGGGUUUUGUUGUUGUAUUCGAGAGCAAUUCAUCACAGGUUUUGGCGAAAGACUAAUCAUUGCCAAUAACAGGUUUUGUUUUCACAAUAAUCUGGAAAUUUAGACAUUCUUAUUUUCGAUCAUAUUCAAUUGAAUCGUUCAGUUACUAAGCAA